CUUUGUCCCUUAGUGAUGACCUUAGCGCCGUUGCCAAGAUGGCGCUGUCCAGGCUGGGCUGUUGCCGGGGAGAUUUGCACGGCGGGCUCCUGGGCUUAGGGCCCGUAACCGUCUCCGCCAACUGCCUGCGCCGGGUUCUGCGCGCUCCCGAGCCGGCCCCCGCCUGGAGGGCGCUGAGGCACCCAGCAUGCUGCCUCUCUACAAAGACAAACCCAACCCUCCUUGCUGCUGUCAUAUCACAAUUCAAAUAUGCCAAUGGGAAAUAUGAGAGCUUUUUGGAAAGGACAUUCCCCCGCUUCUAUUCAUUAUAUUCAACUUUUCUGAAAGGAUUUCGGACAUUGUUUUCGGAAGCAAAAGAAAUAAGAAGAAUAAAGUUAAACAUGUCCCUUCAAAAGAUCGAUUUUCGUCAGCUUCCAUACAGGGAGAUGGAAAGAUUAAGACAGUUUCGCAGGGACCUGAUCAAGGCCAUUCCUAUUGGGCUUCUCUCCCUUCCACCUUUUGCCAACUACUUCGUCUUUUUGCUGAUGUACUUGUUCCCAAGGCAACUGUUGAUACGCCACUUCUGGACCCCAAAGCAGCAGUUUGAGUUUCUGAACAUUUAUCAUGGUAUGCGAAGAGAGGUGUAUCCAGAACUCAUUGAUGGCUUAGAGCAGGUGACUCGUUUUGUAGCAGAUCAGCAGCUCCGAAGUCAGAUGCAAGAGCUCUGCACCCAGGUGCAGAGCGGUUCCCAUCCAGAGCUUGCGAAACUUGUGGCCGUGAGAAGCUUGUUUACGGGACAUCCCCUGGGCCUGCAAAGGCUGCGCGUUUGGCAAGUGAAAGCCUUGAGCCGUAUCCUGUUCCUGACUCCUCACUUGCCCAUCUUCUUCCUGAGAUACCGGCUGCGGAGCCAUAUGUUGGAGCUACAGCAUCUGGACCGAGCCAUGCUGAAGCUGGGAGUGAGCGAACUAACUGAAGAGGAAGUGAAAAUGGCUUGUUACGUCCGGGGCCUGAACUCCACCCACCUCAGCCUAUUGGAAUGCCAAAAAUGGCUGAAGCAGUGGGUGCAGCUCUCCUGUGAACUGAAAGAUUCGGAGGUCUCGCUCUUGGCACACAGCAUGGUCUUAAUGUCCACCAACUACCUCGGGGCCAAGGAGUGAUGGCACUGGCACCGACUUCAACUGUCGACCUAUUUCUAGUGCUGGUGGUUGCAGCAGGGUAGAGUUUUUUUGCUUGCAUUGCAGGAGAGGGGCUGGACUUUAGCGAGAAACACCUUGCUUUUUGCCUGCCGAUCCACCUCUAAACAAUACAGCAUCAAAGAGUAAAACCCUUCCCCAGCCCUACCAGAGAUGAGUUGCAAGCUUAUUUACCUUAGACACAUCGUCAUGUCCCUGAGAGCAAGAACCUGCUGGGGCUCCCAGACGCUAGGUGGUAGAUUCCAUGGUUUUUGAAUGUGUAAGACUGGCCCUUGCUGGGGUUGGGAGUGAUUCUGCAAUUCUGAGCCAUGCAGAUGUCCAUGCUCUUCCCUGUCAUUUUCCAAGAGACCAUGUUGGCACAUAGCAAAGCCAGGGCUCCUGGCUAUUAUAGCAUCAAACUGUGGCACUUUAAAUGUAAUCCUGUCCAGUGGAGAAAGCUAGUCUCCCCUGGAUUUGUAAGCUUCCCCUGGGAGGCUCCCACUGGUAACUUUCAGCAGUGGGCAUUAGCCAGCUAGGUUCCUUGUUCUCCAGGACCUGUGAAGAGACACCUGUCUGGAGCAGUGCUCUGUGUUGUUUUUCCUGUUAAUUUGUUAAGCUUUAUUUACUAUGUUGUUUUAGGAAUAAGGUGAAUUUUACUAGGAGGGGUUGUGAGGGAGCACCCUAGUUGCCUGGGGCUUAGUAAGUGACCUUGCCCCUUCCGCCAGUGAUAUGCCUUAAUGUUGAGGUUCCAUGUAUUUGUUGUCUUUUUAGUUCAUAGCAGCACCCUGUUAAUGCUUGAACUGUGGCUGUUCCUCUCUGCCCUAGCUGACUGCCGGAACCGGAAAAAGAUACAGGCCAGAUGGGAACAGUUCCCACUUUCAAACUUGGCUCCGCUGUAAGUUAGCUUGAUUUUCAGUUUCCGAGCAUCUGCAGUUUCCCCUGAAAUCAGUAGGAGCUGAGUUCAGGUCACUUUGUAUGGGUACCCCAAUCUGAAAAUGCUGGUCUAGAGCCUAUUGCCAUAGAAAUAAAUGCUAAACAGCACUUACCUGUUAAGGACAAAGUCUCAGCUUCAUUUUGUCAAUGAAGCGAUUUAAGUUCUGCCUAAUCAGUUUUUAGACCUGAACUUUCUGCUCAGGUGAGGAUUUGGGAGCCAGAAGUUUGGUCAACAGGAACUACAUCCCUGUGCACCUGAAUGUCUCGUGGCAGAGGCUGCAAGUUGAGUUUAAGGGAUUUUUAAAAAAAAAAAGUUACUUAUAACUAGUGUCUUAAGUUAUUUAUGGCAGUAAAAAUGCAGAAAUGUCUGUCUUAAAUCUGUGGUAUCCUUACAUAAAUAUUCCAUUAAAGACAACAGCUAAGGAAAA